UUUUGCCAUUGUAGAUUAUCAUCCAUGAAACCUUACCAGUACUGUUAAUAUUCUUUUGGGAAAAAUACUUGUUUUAUGUUUCUCUGUAACUACUUCACCUGCCACUUUAUUUGACUCUUAUUACAUUCAUCUCUGCAAGUGAAAGGACAGAAUAAGAGAUGUUGGCAUCAGCUUCACGGGUUUUCCGAUUAGUGCCAAAUCAUAUCCGAUGCAUAUCCCACUCCAUCCUCAGUGAGGCUGAUCUCAAGGUUGAUGACUUUAAAGUCCAAAAUGAACCUUGCCUCUCCUACCUGAAAGGAAGCAAGGAAAGAGAGGAAUUGCAGGCAGCCCUGGAAAGAUAUGGGAACAAGAUUGAGGAUAUACCAAUCGUGGUUGGAUCUGAGGAAAUUCGUACUGACAAACCUCGCUAUCAGGUGUGUCCCUUUGACCAUCAAAAGAAGAUAGCAAAGUUUUAUGAUGCAAAUGAGGAAGUAAUCAAGAAGGCUAUAAAGAUCUCUCAAGAAGUGAGACCAAAAUGGGAAAAAGUCCCCCUAAAUGAGAGAUGCAAGAUCUUCCUCAAGGUUGCCGAUCUCAUGGCAACCAAGUAUCGAAUGGAUCUAAAUGCUGCCACAAUGCUUGGCCAAGCAAAGACAGUCAUCCAAGCUGAGAUUGAUGCUGCUGCUGAGCUUAUAGAUUUCUUCAGGUUCAAUGCCUUCUUUGCCAAGGAGUUGACAAAAUAUCAACCCCUAAGUCCAAGACCAAAAGAGACUCUGAACUCUAUGAGAUAUCGAGGGAUUGAGGGCUUCAUUGCAGCCAUAACUCCCUUCAAUUUCACAGCAAUUGCAGGGAAUCUCCCUUCUGCCCCAGCUCUCAUGGGGAAUGUAGUUCUUUGGAAACCAUCAGGCACAGCAGUACUCUCCAGCUAUAUGGCAUUCAAGGCAAUGAGAGAAGCAGGUAUUCCAGCAGGGGUCAUUAAUUUCGUCCCAUCUAAUGGUUCUGUGUUAGGCAACACCAUCACAUCUAGUCCUGAACUGGCUGGGAUCAACUUCACUGGAUCUGUCGCGACUUUCCAACACCUAUGGAGGCAAGUGGGAGAGAACUUCAGUGUAUACAAGAAUGUCCCUCGCAUGAUUGGAGAGUUGGGUGGCAAGAAUUAUCACCUGGUUCACCCAUCAGCUGAUCCAGACACUGUCGCAGCUGCAACCAUCCGGUCUGCAUUUGAAUACUGUGGCCAGAAGUGCUCUGCUUGUUCACGGAUGUAUAUUGCUCAAUCCAUUUGGCCCCAGGUGAAGGAAAAGAUGCUGAAGAUAUUGAAAGACAUGAAGGUGGGUCCUCCAACAGACUUUGAAGUCUUCAUGUCGGCAGUGAUAGAUGACCGAGCGUUCAAACGUAUCAAGGGGUACAUUGACCAUGCUGGUGCGAGUAAAUCUCUCACAGUUAUUGCUGGAGGAUCCUGUGAUGACAGCACUGGCUAUUAUGUUCAACCAACGGUGAUUGAAACUACAGAUCCACACGAUCGAAUCAUGAAAGAGGAGAUUUUUGGUCCUGUGCUCACUGUCUAUGUCUUCCCUGAUGAAAAGGCCAAUGAGAUUCCUCAGCUCAUUUCUGAUUCUGUUCCUUAUGGCCUCACAGGCUCUGUUUUCUCUCAGGAUGAGGGAUAUGCAAGGAGAGUGGCAGAAGACCUAAAGAUGUCAGCUGGCAACUUCUACGUGAAUGACAAAUCCACGGGUGCCAUUGUGGGCCAGCAGCCGUUUGGUGGAGGACGCCAUUCAGCCUACCUGAAAGGAAGCAAGGAAAGAGAGGAAUUGCUGGCAGCUCUGGAGAAACAUGGAGGCAAAACUGAGGAUAUACCCAUUGUGAUUGGAUCUGAGGAAAUUCGUACUGACAAUAUCCACUUUCAGGUAUGUCCCUUUGACCAUCAGAAGAAGAUUGCAAAAUUUUACUAUGCAAAUGAAGAAGUAAUCAAGAAGGCUGUGAAAAUCUCUCAAGAAGUAAGACAAAGAUGGGAAAGAGUCCCUCUGAAUGAGAAGUGCAAGAUCUUUCUCAAGGCUGCUGAUCUCAUGGCAACCAAAUAUAGAAUGGAUCUGAAUGCUGCCACAAUGCUUGGCCAGGCAAAGACAAUCAUCCAAGCUGAGAUUGAUGCUGCUGCUGAGCUUAUAGAUUUCUUCAGGUUCAAUGCCUUCUUUGCCAAGGAGUUGACAAAAUAUCAACCCCUAAGUCCCAAACCAGCAGAGACUCUGAACACAAUGAGAUAUCGAGGGAUUGAGGGCUUCAUUGCAGCCAUAACUCCCUUCAAUUUCACAGCAAUUGCAGGGAAUCUCCCUUCUGCCCCAGCCCUCAUGGGGAAUGUAGUCCUAUGGAAACCAUCAGACACAGCAAUCCUUUCCAACUAUAUAGUUUUCAAGGCAAUGAGAGAAGCAGGUAUUCCAGCAGGGGUCAUCAAUUUCAUUCCAGCUGAUGGUCCUGUCUUUGGAAAUACAAUCACAUCCUGUCCUGACCUGGCGGGGAUUAACUUCACUGGAUCUGUCGCGACUUUCCAGCACCUGUGGAAGCAAGUGGGAGAGAAUUUCAGUAUAUACAAGAAUAUCCCUCGCAUGAUUGGAGAGUGCGGUGGCAAGAAUUACCACCUGGUUCAUCCAUCAGCUGAUCCAGACACUGUUGCAGUUGCAACAAUUCGGUCUGCAUUUGAAUACUGUGGCCAGAAGUGCUCUGCUUGUUCACGAAUGUAUAUUGCUCAAUCUAUCUGGCCCCAGGUGAAGGAAAAGAUGCUAAAGAUACUGAAAGAUGUUAAGGUGGGCCCUCCAAUGGACUUUGAAGUCUUCAUGUCAGCAGUGAUAGAUGACCGGGCAUUCAAGCGUAUCAAGGGAUAUAUUGACCAUGCUGGUACAAGUACAUCCCUCACAGUUAUUGCUGGAGGAUCCUGUGAUAACAGCACUGGCUACUAUGUUCAACCUACAGUGAUUGAAACAACAGAUCCACUUGAUCGAAUCAUGAAGGAGGAGAUCUUUGGUCCUGUGCUCACUGUUUACGCCUUCCCAGAUGACAAGGCUGAUGAGAUUCUUCAACUUAUUGCUGAUUCUGUACCUUAUGGUCUCACAGGCUCUGUUUUUUCCCAGGAUGAGGAGUAUGCAAAGAGAGCAACAGAAGAACUGAAGAUGACAGCUGGGAACUUCUACGUGAAUGACAAAUCCACAGGUUCUGUUGUGGGUCAGCAGCCAUUUGGUGGUGGACGUAUCUCAGGAACGAAUGACAAGGCAGGAGGUCCUCAUUAUAUUCUCCGCUGGACCUCCCCCCAGGCUGUAAAAGAAACAUUUGUCCCUCUCAGGGAAUGGAAAUAUCCCUACAUGGAGAACUGAGCAUGACUUUCAAGCAUACAAAGGCUGAGGUUGAUUUUACAGCCCUCCCCCUUUUUUUUUUCAUUCACAUAUCUUUCAUCAGGUUUUGUAUGGAGCAUGUGUGUAGUUUUCCCUCUGACUUCACUUUCUUUCAAGAGAUAUUAUGUCUGUUCUCUGCAUGAGGUAUCAGCAGAGGCCAUAAUAUCUUGUUGAAGGCCCUUGCUGUCUUCCAGUGUGUCAUUUAUAUUGAUGCUCUUGACAUGCAUAAGCCUACAUCCAUGGUGUUAUUAGACCUAUUGGCAUGUUUUUCAGUCUUGUGAUAAGAAUCUCUCUCAUGAGUGAUUUUUAGUUAGGUAGUGAGGGUCACAGCAUUCACUGGUAUGCAUAAAAAUGCUUAACUGAUGCCCUUAUUUCUCAUGCAAGCAGGUUUGCUGGUUUGCUCUUUCUAGGAAAGAUCCCAUGAAUGCCAUGUCCUUUUCUUCUCUCACAGAAUGACAUAAACAGCUUGGAUCUAAUUUUCUAAUAUAAUUUUUAUCAGCCUAAGGUGGACAAUUUACAUUGAACAUAUUUGUGUGACUUGUAGAUGUAAUUAGAACACAAUUGGGUGGCCAAAUUCCUAUAAUUAAUCUUAGAAAAAGCAUCUUAUUGAAAGUUUUUUUAAAAAUAGUUUUAGCUUUGUUCUAGUCUGCUCUCCUUACAGUUGAGAGAAAUGGCAUGGGUUUUUGGAGAAGAGUGAUUGCAAAAAACAUUCCCCAUCAAAGUUUGCAGGAAGCAAAAUCUUUACCUUGUACAGAAAAGCAGCAACAUUCCCCUCUAACUGGGCAAGGAAAUGAAGGUUCUUUCUUCUGAAGGUAAUUAUUAGUGUUGGGCUAGAAAAUCAGGAAAAAGUAAAUGAAUGUUGAUGAUUAUGACACCUGAAAAGAAAGGUUAGAACUUGUGAUAGUUCUUACCAUGCAAAAGAUGUAGGAUUUUGUCAUACCCAGGACUAAUAAUCUCAUUUAACCCUUUGUCUCUCAAUUUACUGCAUUCCUGUUUGUACAAAAAGCCAUGUUUAUUUAGAUAAUG